UCGUUCGCGUCGACGGUCGGUGCUACUAGAAAGUCGUUGGCAAUCGGUGGGUGCGGUCGUUCCGCGAGUCGGAUAGAUGCUCGUCGGUUUAGGCUUCGUGAGAAAGUUGUAUUGUGGUUAGAAAAGUGUUCGUAGUGAAACGGCGUGGGACGGUUAUUUUUACGGUUCGUUCGAGUACGAUAGUUCGCGGUCUACUCGAUCAUUAACAUCUCGGCAAGCGGAGAAACGGGUCGGCAAGCAAAAAAGAGUUCAUUACCAACAACGAUAUCCGUGAAUCACCGGAUUAAUCCAGCCAUUCUCCAGCGAGAUUUUGAGGAAAAAUUCUCGUCUAAAAUAAAAGUGAUCGCCAUAACAACGAAUCGUAAUCGAUAUCGGUGGAAGAAUAAACGGAGCACGCUUCAAAAUUCUCGUCGCGCUGGAGCAUCGACGGGCGAAUAUUCAUCGCGAUCGUACGACGUGGCGGCGACGCCAUUUUGUGAAGACUCCAGUACGCGUCCCGCGAACAACAACGGCUCCUUUCGUGCCGUGACCUUUUCAAAACGGUAUUUAUUUUCGAGAAGAGGAAGUGGAAGAAGAAGAGAUCGAUCAAAAUAAUCAUAUCGUAGAUCAUUCGUCCUGGGUCUCACCGUACUGCAACCAUGAGACUGGAAAUUGUGUCAGCAGCAGAUUUUCUGGUGCAUCUGCUGCGUUUGCAGACGGGCCAACUAUCCGAACGACAAUUGGAGAUGUUCAAAUCCUCUCUGACGGAGGUUCUACGCCAUCGUUAUAGGGACCACUGGUUCCCGGACCGUCCAAAUCGCGGUUCCGGUUACCGUUGCAUACGCAUCAACGGUAAAAUGGAUCCUGUGAUCGCACAGGCAGGCGCGAAUGUCGGUUUGCUGCCCACGGUGUUGCAUAGUUUGUUCCCGAGCGAGCUGACCAUGUGGAUCGAUCCGUCGGAAGUUUCGUACAGAAUCGGAGAGAACGGGUCCAUUUGUGUGCUCUACGAACGCACGGAGCCUGAUCCGGAGGAGUCGCAGCAACAUCAACAUCAACAUCAGCACCAACACCAACACCAACACCAACAUCAACACCAUCAACAACAGCAGCAACAGCAAUUCGAAAGUUGUAAAGACUCGUUACUGCUGGAACACUCGCAGUUCAGCGAGCAAAUUGCUGCGUUCGUUUCCAGUUGAAGCUUUCUCGUCGAUACUGUAUCGAUGCGACGACGCUAAGCGUCUCGCCUCAUUUCCAUUGGACGUGCAUCACGCUCUCGGACUGAUCAAAGUACACACGUUAUAUUUUUUUCGUGAUACAUGUGAUUGCGCUUUUUUUCUUCUGGUCAGGUGAAAGUUUGACUCGUGCAUGAACGCGCAGUGUGCUGCUCCGUCGAGCAAUUUGACCAAAACACGAAACAACAAAAAGUGUACAGAAAACGAAGAACCAUUUUUAUUUUUGGCCGUCGAAGAAAUCGAUGCGCGCGCAUCGUUCGACGGUUCCUCGAGGGAUCGGCAAAUGCAAACCACGACUGACUCUAGUCACCCGAAUUUUCGUUAAUCGUACGAGAGAGGAAAAUGGCGGGAAAUCAUUGGAUACAUGUUUUGAGGAGAAUACUGCGCGUUCCCUUAAAUGUACCUAGACCAGUGGUCCUCUUCGGUGUGUCUCGCCUGAAGAUCGUUUCCACGGAAACAGCCGAUGAGGCAAAGUGAGAAAAAAAAUGGGCGAACUCCGGUGGAGCUCCCAACAAAUUGAUCUCAGCCCCCCUCUCCACCUACGUACUUCCGUUAAUCCUGGAAGGAAGCUAUGGGGUGGGGAACAACGAACCAGUCUGACCCUCUCCUCUGUUCUCGAGAGAGGAAAAGCGAAGAGCCUCUCUCUCCCUCGAGAAGGAUUCAACACCAACGUGUUUCUUUACCUUUUUUUCUUCCACGAAGUCUCUGAUGUAUUUCGAACAUAACCUGCAAGAGAUGCGAGUUCUUGGCACGUUCCCUCCUACGGCGAAGAGGAAUAACAUGGAGAAACGAGUCUACUUCCGGACGAAGGAUCAACGAGCAACAUCCGCUGACAUCCUCUCUUCUCGUCAAGGAUUUCUUUUCUCCCUAACCUCGCAUUAUCAAUGCAAAUUACCACCGAGCCACGUACACAAAACAUCCGACAACGUUUCUUCACGGUUCGAGAACGUAUGGAAUAAAUGAAACUGAAGUAACAUCCACGUAUUUUUCUCGACGCAUUUGUAAUUUUCUUGGGAAGUUAAUACAACGGAGUAUUUUCGUACAACGCGUCAUCGUUAUCGGUAAUGGACAGCAAUUCUUGAAUUGUCCAUCAGCAGCGUUUUUAUUGGUCGUUGGCCAAUCGAGCGGAGAGGUGUUGCUGUUGAUUAUCGAUAAGUUAUCGAUAUCCUGUUGAUACUUAACGAUAUAACGUUAACGAUAGGCGGAAGCGAGCGAGGUAGAAUGCAACGCGAGAUUUUAUCAUUAACAUCUAUUUAUCUUGGUUUGAAUUUCAAAAUUUCAAUACUCGACAAACUUAAUAGAAUCGAAAAUUCAAAUUAUCCGUAUAAAUGAUAUUCGAAUAUUCAAACAUUAAACCCUUCGAACAUUCGAAUUAUCCAAAUCGAGUAUUUAAAAUUUCCAACUUUCAAAUAUUAGAAUCACAAAUUUUGUCAUUGAAUCUAUUUACUUUUGUUUAAAUUUCGAUCCUAACCUAAAAUCAUCUAGGUAACACUAUUCUCGUUUAAAUUUCAAAAAGAAUAACAAAAUUACACGUUAAGUUAAAGUAGGUUUGUUGAUGAAGUUCGAACAAGAAUAAAUAGAUUUGAAAGGUUCUACUUCAGUCACAUUUAUUUACUUUAGCGAUAUUGACAGUGGCACCUCUAGUCGAGCGAUCUCGAUCUCGGCCCCACCCGUCGCAUCGUUAAUACACGUUACACUUCAUACGUACAAACCUUUAAACAAAACGCGUGAGUUUAUAUGUACAUAUAUGUAGGUAUUAUAUACGUGAAAAAGACGACGUGUACGUGUAAGCGUUACGAGAGCGAAGCUUAGGCGUAUACGUCGUGUCGAAUUGUAUAUUAUCUGUUUUUUGUGAUCAGAGAGAUAUUGCGGCGAGCGAACGAGACAGAGCGCAUGCGUACGAGAGAGAAAGAGAGAGAGAGAAAGAGUCAAAGCGAGAAGACAUAACCAACAAAAAUGAAGUAAACAACUGUGAUUUUUCUUCGCAUGAAGGGAGAGGGAGUGGUUUCGUGCAUGUACCAUAGUAAUUAUCUUUUCUGGUGUUUCGAACGUGACUAAGAGUGAAGAGUGAGUGUUAGUACGAAUGAUGUGAAUUUCAUCGCGUGGCUAUCUUUUUUACCCACGAAUUUGCACUUUGACAAUAAUCGGCUGUUGUUUUACUAUCAUUUACUUUUCUUUUUAAGUCGAAUGAAAACUUUUGCAAGUUUAAUAUCUCAUUUCGUUUCACAUACAAUAGUACAUAGAUAUAUCCCUCUUUACUCGUUGCAAUAAGUGUACGAUGCAAUAGAAAUCUAUAUGUGUAAAUUGAAAGAUACAGAUAAUUACAUUGUAGUUUGAAAACUUGAUAUCGCUUUGAAGGAAAACAACAAGGAGAUUUCGUCCAUACUUUGCAUAAUUAUAUAGAACACCGAAGGUAAUAAUUUUGUAAAAUUGUAGUGCGCAGUUUUCUUUAUAAUAAGGGAGAUAUUCAUAUUUAAAGUUUGUUAAAUGUAUACCUACAUUAGCUACCAAUGCUUCAGCCGUAGAAGGUUUUUGUUAGGUAGUAUUUUUAUCUUUAACAAAUCUCUUCUGUUAUUUUAACAGUAUUUUAUUGUUUCUAUUAUGCAGAUCUUCAGUUAUCGAAUAGGAAUACUUUUAAUUCAAUAAGUAAAAGAACUACUUUAAUACAGGUGAUGAAUUCCUAUGAAAACUUAAGCGUUAAUCAUAUAUUGGUUACAAAGCGGUCAAUGGGUUACACAUUUAUUGUAGUCUUGUAAAGCUCUUUGGUAAGUUUGAGUUUUGUAGCAUAUAUAUAUUUUUUUAAAUAAAUUGUACAAAUAGAUCUAGCACGUAGAAUAAUUAAUUUGAUCCUUCCAAUGACAGCAAAGAAUUAUUUUUAAUUUAGUUUUUCUUUCAGAACUUAAAAGUAAACUUUAUUCAAUUUCAUUAAAAAAAUAUAUGUAUACUAUGGGAUUUGAAUUUACAAAAUUUAGUGUUUUUCCAUUGGGUUAUAAGGAUACAGCAAUUUUGAAUAUGAAUGUUUCUUUUAUUUUACAGACACGCGCUACAAUUUUGCAAAUGAUCUCUAUAAUUAUGUAGAAUUGAAAGUUCGUACGUUCUCCUUGUAUACACGUAAAUGUAUAUACAGAUUUUCUCCGGUGGCGUGUCUGAUUUACACAAUAAUACGGCCGCAUAACGAUGUCAUCACCGGUAAGUCAUUUUUUUCCUGAUUUAUCUGCUUCUCGGUAGACAUUGAAUCAUGGUGUGCAAGAAUUUGAAAGAAUGUUAUGCCGUUCGCCUGAGGUGACAAUACUUAAUCAAUACGUGUAUAAGUGUCGUGUGAAUAUCAAACAAAAGAAAAAAGAAAGAUAAAAUGGAAACAGAGGAGGUACUUGUCGAAUCAGGAAACUCUGUACGUAGCGAUUAUAUAGAAAACCGUGUCUGUGAUUAUACUAAAAGUAGAGAGACAAUAUGAACAAUCUCUAAUUACGCGAACGACCUAAUUAGAGGCGCGUGUAUCCGUGAAACAUUAUGACACGUGUACACGCGUCUGUAUAUUACUGAUAUGUAAAGGUUAGAUACGUAUAAAUAUGUUUAUAUCAAUGAGUAUGCGUGGCAAUUUUAAACAAACGAAUUUUUAAGUUAUCAUUUCAUUUUUAACGAUUAGUUUUUACGUAUAUUUUUUUUAUCACUUACCUGAAAAAGAUAUUUCAUUGUUUCGGUUUUGUUUUCGAUUAUUCAAAUGACAGUCGCAAUGUAACGAUAAAUCGUUCGAUUAAAAUUGCUAAAUAUACUUGACUCGAGAUUGAAAAAAAAGAGAAACCUGUAUUCGCUGUUUUCAUUUGAAAGACUACUGAAAAAUCUCUGUCGAAAGUAAGACGAGGAUCAGGAGAAAGUGUGAGAGUCGAACGGCGAUGUAGAAAAUAUCUCGCACACCAUACACACGGUCCUUCAAACUAUAUAUAGGUUAUGGUAAAGUGUCAAGUUUAAUAAAUGUUUGUGUUUAUUUCAGAUUUUACUAAAAAUAGUAACAGUAUUCAAAAUUGCUUACAUUUGUCAUAAUAUAAAAGCACAAUAUCGCGUUUUUUGUUUUAAAACAGUCCUUGCAAAUAUUUAUAAAUUCCUAUUUUUUUUCUUUAUAUAAGUGCAAAGGAUUAAGACUUUACUUAAUAAAAUGCAUAUCUUGCAAAUGGUACACAACCUAAAUUUAUUAAUUUCUUUAUAUCACUUCUACAAGUGGCAUUCAAUUUUCAGGUUAUGUGAUAAAUGUAUACAAUUACUAAGAAAAAUGAUCAUUAAGAACAUUUUUGUUAGUAUAUUUAUAAUGAAUUUAACGCAAAAUGUAUGCUUUUACUAUUAAAUUUUACUAUGUAUGUUCGUGAAUAAAUUUAUCAAGCAAGUGAAAAAUUAUCGAAGUCGAUGCUUGAGCAUCGGUUCGAUUUGGGUUCGUUCGGAAAGUUUGUAAAUAUCAGAAACGCGCGGGUAUUUAAAAUUAUUUAAAUUAAGUUCUUCAAUCUUUUAGACAUUCUUUUAUCGUGCAAUCGAUUAAAACUCUUAUGAAAAUAUUUCAUACAACAAUUGAAAUAAUAUUAAUCUAUUUAAGUAAAUAAAUGCACGCAUUUAUUAAAUUAGCACUUUCACUAUGAUACAAACACAAUAGCCUGUAGUUAUAAAGAUGUUCCUUUUGUUUUGAAUUCUGCUCUGUUUGAAAGCCAUCGGGAAAGAAAAUGAAAAUAUAUUCGUUGAAAGAGAAAAAGAAAACCUCAGCGAGACAAAUUUGCGAGAAUGAAGAGCGAAAGAAGUGCAAAAAAAAUGAAACAUUAUUUCACGAGUGAAUUGUAAUUACUAUAUAUACAUAUAUAUGUAUAUAUAUACAUACAUACACAUAUAUUAUAUAUACAUAAUUAUAUAUAUACAUAUAUAUACAUCUUGUAACUAUACAUAGAGUUCUUCAGGAAGAAUUUGUACAAACCCGCUGGAACAAGACACCAGCAAGUCUGUGAUUUUAGCUUGGUUAAUUCAGUAUUUUUUUAAAUAAAACGAGACAAAAUCAAGAUAAACGAUAAAAAAAAGAUGAUAAAGAAGAAGGCAAGAUUCGAAAGUUCUGUAUGAGGAACAAGGAUAUAUUUGGGUAUGGUUGUUUACUGUGUUCAUAUGGGAGGGGAUGCUUGUGGGAGAAAGGGGAGGGAAUAUUGCAAAUUGCAGACGGAAAGAUAUUAUUAUCGUGUGUAUAUUUACAUAGAAUUAUUUGUAUAAAAGAUCACUUGCACGCUGCGUUGCAAACGAGGAAUUUUAAAAGCGUUAUCUAUCGCAAAUUUUUCAUAAAAACAAAUUGUAAAUAUGAUCAAUGUGAUGUGUUUCAAUCGUAAGUUAAGUCGUGCAAAUACGGAAAGCGAAGUUCUUUUUUUUUCUUUCAUCAUAAACAAAGUUGUACCACAAUUUUUUAUGUUCUUUAUUCAUCAAAAAUUAAAAUAAAUGGAUAAUUGAAAUAUUUGAAUGUUUGGAUAAUUUUAAAUAUGAAUUUUUUGUUCAUCUCAAAUUACAAGAAGCAUUAUUUGAAUAUCAUGUUGCUUAUUAGUAAUAGUUUUAUUGAAUAUAUAAAUUUAUUUUAAUUAAUUGUAUCAAUUUUAAAUAAAAUUACUCUCUUAUAUCGCAGAAAUAGCUCAUUUUAAAAAUGUGUAUUUUGUCUAUUAAAUUUGUAGUAAAGUAUGAUGUCAAUAUUAUGCAAAAUAUUUUAUUUGAUCAAUGGUUUUAUUGGAAUGCUAAAAAUAAUUUUAUUCAAAUACUGUGAAAUAGACUUACUCUGUUUUUCGUCUAAUCUAUUAAAAUUAUUUGGAAUCUAAAAUUUAAAUGCUUAAAUUAAUUAUUCGGUAUUUGAGUGUUUGAAAAAUUCGAUGUAAUCUAAAUUUCAGGUAUAUUGAGAUUAUUUGUGUGGAAUAUUGAACAUUCUACUAUUCCAAACUUUUAUAUUUUGAAUAUUCGAAUAAUCGAAAUCGAAUGUUCAAAAUUGUAACGCUUUAAUAUUCGAACUAUUCGAGUUAAAUGUUCGAAUUGCUCGAAUUGAAUGUUGAAGAUUCAAGCUAUCCAAAUAAUUCAACUAUUCAAAUUCUUAUUCGAGAUUUCGUUAAAAAGAAACUUCAUCGAUUUAAUUAUUUAAAAAAUUUCGCUUUACGUAGGUGCACAUGAAAAAAGAAAAUUUUUAUUCAAAAUUCGAAAUUGAAUUUGUACAAAUUUUUGUAUAAUUCGUCUCUUCCGUUCGCAUUUUCCGUAACACGUGUUCCCUCCGCUUUCGAUCGUGAGAAAGUGCUUUGAAAGAGAGUUGAAAUUUGUAAAUGAAGCGUAAAAUAUAUUAAGAGUACAUGCCGUGUGUCUUUCUUUUCUUGUGAAAAUUAUUAUUCUUGUUGGGACACCAGGAAGGAGAAUGCACGAGAGAAGAGGGUGUGAUUUUUUCGGGGAAGGAAGAAAAACAGAAAAAAUAGAAAAAAGCGGAAACGAUUUAGUCAGAAAAAGCAUACAAUUUUUCCGUAAGCGUGCAAGCGAGAUAAUAAAAAAGAGAGUGUGGGAGAGAGAGGAUGAGGGUGAAAAGACAAAUUAAAAAAGAAAAGAAAGAAAUAAAACAGAAACAGAGAGGGAUGGACAGGAAGAGAGCGUGAGAGACCCGGCAGGGGUGCUCAACUCGGGUAUAUUAAGGCCGUGGGUCCCAUCGUGGUAAUAUUAUUGUGAUGCCGAAUUAUUGUACUGAUUAGAGAACAAAAUCGUAGUGAUUUUAAUACGCAGUCGAGCUAGAGAGAUAAAAACGAAGACACUGACCCAAGGUCAUCGAGAUCCGAAUUCGGCGACCCUGUUGGAUAGUGCACAAGAAAACAUUCGUUCAUACACACACACACACAUGGUAUACAUUGUCAAUUAACUCUUUACGGUCUACUGUUGAUUUAUCAAAUUUCGUCAUUGAUAUGUUUAUAUCGAAUUUGCUAUAAAUGUUUCUUGAUAUUGAUAAUGGAAUAUUAUCAGGAAUUGUCUUUUAGAAGAAACUGUUUAUUUGUAUAUCGGUGAUAAUCGAAUAUAAUUCUGGAAUGGUGGAUGGGUUAAUAAUAACCUUGUGACCUUGUAAUUUACAAGACCUUACAUUGGAAAUUCCUGGAAAAAUGUAGUUCAAAAUUAUGAAAUAUCUCUUGAAAAAAAUAAUUAUUCGCAAGUUUUUUAAUUAAAAUAAACUUUGAGUUUAAAUUUUAGAAUUUCGGAAUAAAAAUGAAAUUUAAAAUUAUUCCUCAAUCAGUUACUUGUAAUAAUUAUUACAAACAUUUAGUAUCACAGGCUCUUGAAUUACCCAUCAUCCACAGAUUACAUCUCAUAAUAAUAUAGCAAAAUUUGUUUAUCUUAAACAAUAAAUUAACCAAAUGUUAAUUCAAGUUGACAAUUAGAAAAAUGUUAAUUCAUUUUUUACCGAACAACUUUAGACUACGAAGGGUUAAUUCGGAUUGGAACGAUCUAUUCGAGGAACUUUGUAUAAUAAAGGAAAUUGAUUUUAUCAAUGUAUACAGGUACAAUCGCGAGCAAGAUAGGUUUCCCUCGACCAAGAAAAACCCUACCUAACCAUUUAGAAUUUAGGUUUGUUUUUGUUCCUUGUACGCGAAAUAAAGAGUGUAGUUGUACUUCCAGCCCCACGCCAACCGAAUUGUACCGACGUAAGCCGACCGUUGCCGAACGAGUAGAAUCGAGGAAAGCCACUUUGCACGCGCCUGUACACACACACACACA